AUGGGAGUGCCAGCGUUUUACCGGUGGCUCGCGGAUCGGUACCCUCGAUCGAUCGUCGACGUCGUGGAAGAAGCACCUGCCGGCGGUGUUACGUUUCCCGUUGACGUGUCUAAACCUAAUCCCAACGGCAUGGAGUUCGACAACUUGUAUUUGGACAUGAACGGCAUCAUUCAUCCUUGUUUUCAUCCUGACGGCAAGCCAGCACCUGCUACCUAUGAUGAUGUAUUCAAAUUAAUGUUUGACUACAUUGACCAUCUCUUUUCAUUGGUUCGUCCAAGGAAGCUUCUUUAUCUUGCAAUUGAUGGUGUUGCCCCAAGAGCCAAAAUGAACCAGCAACGCUCUCGGCGUUUUCGAGCUGCUAAAGAUGCAGCUGAGGCUGAAGCUGAAGAGGAAAGGCUCAGGAAUGAAUUUGCUGAUCAGAUAGAACUUUUGACACCUAAAGAAAAACCUGAGACUCAUGACUCAAAUGUCAUUACUCCUGGCACUCCAUUUAUGGCAGUGCUGUCAGUAGCACUUCAGUAUUACAUACAAACUAGAUUGAAUUACAACCCUGGCUGGCGGCAUACAAAGGUCUUGCUUUCUGAUUCAAAUGUUCCUGGCGAGGGAGAACAUAAAAUAAUGGAAUAUAUUCGAUUGCAGCGUAACCUUCCUGGUUUCAAUCCAAAUACUCGACACUGUUUGUAUGGAUUAGAUGCUGAUUUGAUUAUGUUGGCCUUAGCUACACAUGAGAUUCAUUUUUCAAUAUUGAGGGAGGUAAUUACUUUUCCUGGACAACAAGAGAAGUGUUACAUGUGUGGCCAAGUUGGCCAUCUUGCAGCUGAGUGUCGCGGUAAACCAGGUGAUAAACCUGGGGACUGGAAUCCUGUUGAUGAUACCCCAAUUCAUAAGAAGAAAUACCAGUUUCUUCACAUUUGGGUGCUGCGUGAAUAUUUGCAAUGUGAAUUGUCGAUUCCCAACCCUCCGUUUGAGGUCGACUUUGAGCGCAUAGUAGAUGAUUUUGUAUUCCUAUGCUUCUUUGUUGGCAAUGACUUUCUUCCGCAUAUGCCAACAUUAGAAAUACGUGAGGGGGCUGUGAAUUUAUUGAUGCAAAUCUAUAGAAAGGAAUUCACUGCCAUGGGUGGCUAUCUUACCGAUGCGGGUGAGGUUUUCUUAGAGAGAGUGGAGAAUUUCAUUCAGUGCGUUGCUGUUCAUGAAGAUCAAAUAUUUCAGAAACGAAUUCGGAUUCAGCAGGCUCAAGAAAUUAAUGAAGGGAUGAGAGCUAGGGCAAGAGGAGAAAUGCCUGAAGGGCCACCAGCCUCAGCUGUAGAUAAGGUUAAGUUAGGAGAGCCUGGAUACACGGAAAGGUAUUAUGCUGAAAAGUUUGGUGCAUCAGAUCCACAGGAGAUUGAGAGGAUUAAGAAAGAUGUAGUCUUGAAAUAUGUAGAAGGCCUUUGUUGGGUUUGCCGGUAUUACUAUCAGGGUGUUUGCUCAUGGCAGUGGUAUUACCCGUACCAUUAUGCUCCUUUUGCUUCUGAUCUUAAAGAUUUAGCUGAUCUGGAAAUAACUUUUUUUAUGGGAGAACCAUUCAAACCAUUUGAUCAGCUCAUGGGGACUCUACCCUCUUCAAGUUCAAGUGCACUACCUGAAAGAUAUCGUGAUUUGAUGACUAAUCCUUCAUCACCUAUUCUUCAAUUCUAUCCUUCGGAUUUUGAGAUUGAUAUGAAUGGCAAAAAAUAUUCAUGGCAGGGUGUUGCCAAGCUGCCAUUCAUUGAUGAGAAGAAGUUGCUUUCUGCCACAAGGACGCUUGAAAGCACAUUAACGGAGGAGGAACAUUGCCGAAAUAGUAAGAUGCUUGAUUUACUUUAUGUCAGCUGUGCGCAUAAGUUGGUUCAUCAUAUCUCUUACUAUUACCAAAAUUGUAGUCAUAUACCUCUUGGAGUAAGACCUGCUAUGCCGAUUGACCCGAGUGCUAGUGAUGGUAUGAAUGGAUUUUUUUGGUCAUAUGAAAGAAAUGUGUUCAGAACAGUUGUAUCUUCUCCCGUCAGAGGCUUGCAGGAUAUCGCGAGUAAUCAAGUUUUAAAUAUUACUUACCUUAAUCCUCGUAGUCAUAGGCAUAUCCCAAAACCUCCGGAUGGUGUAGUAAUGCCCAAAAAGAUAUUAAGAGCCGGUGAUAUUAAGCCUCUUCCUAUUUUAUGGCAUGAAGACAAUAGUAGGCGGCAUCAAGCACGAGAAAGACAACAGGUGCCUGGAGCAAUUGCCGGCCCUCAACUAGGAGAAGCAGCUCACCGUCUUGUCAGAAACUCCCUACAGUUCAAUAAUAAUAAUAAUAAUAAUAAUAAUAAUAAUAAUACAUCAUAUGGAUUACCGGACCAGUUUCAUGGCCAUCAUACAAUGAACAAGGUCAGACCAACUGGAGCCUCCGGAUCUGGAAGAUAUUAUGACAGAAUAUUAGGAUACAAGAUAGGUCGCAGUAUCAUGAACAGUUCCACAACAUGA